AUGCCUCCUCCACCUCCUCCACCACCGCCUCCGCCGCCAAUGCCUGGAGCAGCAGGAGGUCCACCUCCUCCUCCGCCUCCACCACCAGGUGGCUUACCUUCACGACUACCAGCAGCGGGAGGAGGGAAAGGCAGAGGAGCACUACUCGGCGACAUCCAGAAAGGGUCACGGUUGAAGAAGGCAGUCACCAAUGAUCGAUCAGCCCCAAUUGUAGACAGUAAAGCUUCGUCAGGCGUGAGCGCACCAGCGAGUGGAGCUCCGCCGGUACCUGGACUACGGCCUCCUCCACCUGCUGGACAGAACCGAGCACGGAGUAACAGCGAUCAGCCAACGAGUCCCGUGGGUGGUGGAGCAGGAGGAAUGGAUUCAGCACCACAACUAGGAGGGUUAUUUGCAGGUGGCAUGCCGAAACUACGGAAGAGUGCAGGGGGUGUGAACAUGUACGACUCAGACCCGGAGACGACAUCGCGAAGAUCGACUUCGGCUAGUGUACCGAAGGCACCAUCCAUACCCAACGAAGCAGCACCUAGGCUGCCUGGAGGCGCACCGCCUUUACCACCUUCAGCAGCGGCACCUCCUCCACCCCCAUCAAUGGCAGCACUCAAGAACAACUUACGACCCGCACCGAUGACCUCCGAAUCAAGUCCAGCAAUCCUCAAACCCAAGCCUCCCCCACCCAUAGGCAAGAAGCCUCCAAUCCCACCACCUUCAUCACGAAAACCUCCCUCCUCGACACUCACACCAGCGGCGCCUUCAAACCUAGGUACACUUCCCUCAGCGCCUCCCUUACCACCCUCCAGUGCGCCCCGACCGCCCCCAACAGCAAGAGCUUCCGCGCCCGUACUCCCUCCCUCUGCACCCGCCCCUCGACCGAAUGGCGUGGAGCGCGAAACGUCACUAGCCGCACAAGCAGCAAUCAACGCCUUCCGAUCAUCCUCGCCUGCCAUCCCUCCACCUCCGCCUCCACCCUCGGUGGCGCCAGCGAUAUCAAGUCCGUUGGCGAGUCCUAGCUUAGCACCCCCUCCUCCACCUCCUCCGCCACCUUCAGCAGCGCCUGCGAGACCACAUGCCGCAUCCGUUCCUGCACCGCCUCCGCCAUCACCGCCGACGCAGAGUAGAAGUACAGGCGGUAUACCCACAGCCGGCGGCCUCUCCAUCGGCCAAGUACCAACCCAAGCAUCAUUUUCUUCCCACGCGCCUCCACCCCCACCUCCGCCGCCAUCACAGCAACAACAACAGAGAAAUAUGCCGAUCAAACCCAUGGAUGCCUCGGCCUACACCCUCGCACCAACAAGCAACGGCUCCAUGUUAAACGGAGGCGGAGGGAGACCACGAGGUAACAGCAACGCAGCUGCUCUUGGUGGUGGCGGUGGAACGGGAGGAGGGAUAGAAGAUUCCCGGUGGAAAUUCCAGCCUGAUUCCUCCCUUCCGCAGCCGAGACCUUUUGUCGGUGGGCCGAAGAGGUAUCGGGCUGGACGGGGCAGUAGUGUGCCGUUGGAUUUGUCGCACUUCGUGUAG